AUGCCAGAGGCGCUCAUAUGGAAGAUCGGUCCCAUGGAGUCUCUCUUCUCUCCCACCCCGAUCCUGGCCGCAUUAUGCACAGUCAUCUUUCUCCUCUACCGAGCCUGGCCGCGUGCAAUGAACAUGGAGAAGUGCUUAGAGGGAUAUCCGAAGAGUUCAUCAACAGAGAACACACUGGCUGUCUCCAAGGAGUCGGAUUUUCCUGAGCACUUGUUGACGGGUAAGGAUAUCUUCAAGCUUGAGCAACGGGCGAUCUUCAGCAAGUCCUGGCUCUACCUCUCCCACCGCAGCCGAUUCACCAAAGCCGGCGACUAUCACUCCUUCGAGGUAGCCGGUUUCCCCAUCUUCCUUAUCCUCGGGCAAGACGGUGAGGUGAGGGCGUUUCACAACGUCUGCCGCCAUCGAGCCUACACAAUCACCAGGAAAGAAUGCGGGAGCUCGACCGUGCUCGGGUGUCGGUAUCACGGCUGGAGUUAUGACACGAAAGGCCAGCUUGUCAAGGCUCCUCACUUUGAUGAUGUGCCCGGGUUUUAUAGGAAGCAGAACGGUUUAUUUGCCAUCCGCGUGUUUCAGAGUGCUGCUGGGUUUAUCUUUGUGAGCCUUGCGAUUGAUGGGUCUGACGAGAUGCAAGGGAGCAAUGCUCUGGAUGAAUUCGCAGGGCGUCAAGGGUUUGUGGCUCAGUCGCGCUGGGUUGAAGGGAAGACGUUGGAAGGGAGCUUUAAUUGGAAAAUGGCUGUUCAUUUGCGGCAGCCAUUUGGACCUGCAUGCUUCGAAUCCAAACUGGUGCCGACUGCGCAAACAUCCAUAUUUGCGAGGAUGAAAGAGUAUCUCUUUGGAGUCUGUGCAGACGACUCUGAUUUACUGCUGUUCCCAAAUGCUUCGUUCCAUAUAUUCAAGGGUACGAGGCACUGGUAUUCUCUGAGCUUCCAUCCAGCAAGUGAGCAGAAGACUCUCGUCCGGUAUGAUCUGUACGGCUCUCGGAGUACAGACAGCAAGUCGACAUCCCAAGAGGUCUCACGCCAGCUUCAUGAAGCGAUGAGCAAGGACAAUUCUAACAAUACGGUAGAACCGAAGAAAGAGAUUCUCCAGCGGUUAAAAUCACAUAGCGAACUUGAGAGAAUGGAAAGGAGGGAGAUUCAUCCUGCCAUGAAGCGCUCAAUCACAACGGCAAAGUUUCUCCAAGGGGAGCAGCGUAAGUCCAACGCAUACAUCGAAAUAUAUUUGAUGGUUAAUGCUCAUGCUGUCACAGUUUGCAGGGAACUUGAAUGUCCUAGCGACGCGCUCAAAGAUCUUGCUUGGUAG